AUGAGUAAGAGUAACUUAUUUGCCGACAAUGAUAUUGAUGGCUUUCAAAUCGAUGACAAUCUGAAUGACGAUACUUUGAUAUCUCCAGAUAAUAACCCCGCAAACCUAAUGGCCUCACCUGAAGUCCCCCAAUCUCUACAUAUCAACAACACUCCGCAAUUCAAGAAAAAAUAUGAAGGGGGUAUCUUUUCUCUUAACUACUAUAGACAGUAUUUUGAUUUGAACACUUCGGAAUUCAUAUCAAACUGUCUUUCCUCGCUCAAUCCGUUGUCUAAACCAUCUGCAGAUGAUUUCAAUCAUAUAGGUGAUGUCUACGGAUCAAUAUGGAUUACUGCUACCUUGGUUUUUCUACUAUUUUUCUGCAAUUCAUUUGCAGCUCUAUUGAGUGGAUGGUUCUUAAAUAUUGAUUUGAAAUCCAUGAAAAUCAAUUAUUUUAAAAUGAUCAUCUCCUCUAUAAAUCUACUCUACGGUUACUCGGUCGUCAUCCCUCUCAUCUUGUAUCUCAUAUUAAAGUUCUAUUUGAAAGUCUUGUUUCUAGUUCCACUAUCCAAACUUGUUUCAAUUUACUCAUAUGCUAAUCUCAUGUGGAUUCCUGCGGCCUUGCUCUCCAUAUUUAGAGGCUUCUUGGUGAACCACAGUAUAUUAGACACAGUACUCAAAUGGAUCUGCAUUACUAUUGGCGCUCUGAUGAGUGGUGCCUCGAUUCUUCACAAGCUCAAAAUAUAUUUUAGCUCAAUCUUCGGUGAAGAAGAGAAAAAAAUGAUGUAUGCCUUACUUGCACUAUUGUUUCUGGCACAUGUUGGUUUUGCAAUUGGCUUGAAGGUCUGCUUUUUUGGUAAGCUGUAA